AUGCGAUUAGCUAUACCAGGCGCAGUGGCUUUACCUGUACCUAUACACAGUCACGAGGAAAUGAGUAAUUGUCUAGUGUUGGUAUCGAAAGUGGAUAAAUGGAACGCGAUCGUGGUGUUAAACAAAGAUGAUUAUUUAUCAAAAGCUCAAGAAUUAUUGAAUGACCAAAGAGCUUUUAAAAAAUUGAAAUCUAAUUUGGCAAUCAAACGAGAGCAUGAAUUUAUUAAUUUUCUACUGAAAUUAAAGAGAAACAAACGGAUUACUGAAGAUGAUUAUAAGAUUAUGAGACCAAGAACAGACAGUAGAACUACAGAAGCUUAUUUUCUUGUAAAGGUUCACAAGAAUAAUCUGCCUUUAAGACCUAUUAUAUCAAGUUAUGACUCUUAUAAUUAUAACACAGCAAAAUACUUAGCCAAUCUCUUAGCGCCAGCUCUCAAUGAUGCACCGUCUUAUGUGAAAGAUACAUUUGACUUCGUGGAUAAAAUUCAAAACAAUAAACAAAUGCCAGGUUUACUCUGCUCUCUGGACGCUUCAUCAUUGUUUACCAAUGUGCCCUUAGAGAAAGCUAUUCCUAUUGCUAUUGAAAAGAUCAGAAAUUAUCAUUCUCUUCUACCUAUUGAUGAUACGAAUUUGAAAGAGCUGUUCUACUACUGGACUAAAAGAACUAAUUUUAAAUUUAAUAAUGAAAAUUACGACCAGCAGAACUGUGUUAGUAUGGGUAGUCCUUUGGCACCCAUACUUGCACAUUUGUUUAUGAGUAAUUUAUAA